AUUCUGUGCCCUCACGACUCCUCCCUCAGUCCAGCACAGCGUCUCAGUCUCAGACUCACUUCACUCCCCUUCAUCAGACAAGCGUCUCCUAUCAACACCUCUUCUUUCCGGAUCACUGAACAAGCACAGAGGGGAGCAGCUCCCAAACUGAUCCCAGAAUGCCUUUAGGAGGAGGAAACAAGUGUGGCUGCUGCCAGAAAACGGUGUACUUUGCCGAGGAGGUGCAGUGUGAGGGGAAGAGCUGGCACAAAUCCUGUUUCCUGUGCAUGGUCUGUAAGAAGAACUUAGACAGCACAACGGUGGCCGUCCACGUGAAUGAGAUCUACUGCAAGUCAUGCUAUGGCAAGAAAUAUGGGCCUAAAGGCUACGGCUUCGGAAUGGGAGCCGGCACCCUGAGUAUGGACACAGGAGAAGGACUGGGGAUCAAACCAGAAGUACAAGCUCCUCAUCAGCCAACAAAUAAUCCCAACACCUCCAAGUUUGCCAAGAAAUUAGGAGGUUCUGACGAGUGUCCUCGAUGUGGUAAAACAGUGUACGCUGCAGAAAAGGUUAUUGGAGGAGGCAACUCCUGGCACAAGGGAUGUUUCCGCUGUGCCAAGUGUGGAAAAGGACUGGAGUCCACAACGCUGGCCGACAGAGAUGGAGAGAUUUUCUGUAAAGGUUGCUACGCCAAGUGCUUUGGUCCCAAAGGAUUUGGGUUUGGUCAGGGCGCCGGAGCACUGGCUCAUUCCCAAUAAAAUAAACGAAGCCUGACAGGGAGCAGACAACCAGUGUGCUCUGACCAAUCAACACUUCCAGACAUUUUCACUUCACUUUUACUGCAGCUACAGGCAACAAAGAGCAUUAGAGACAGCUUGGAGCUAUGCCUGCAUUAUUUUGUACUUUGCAUGUUGUUUACAUACUUUUCUGGGAUUUAAAAAAAAACUGUAUCUGCGAGAAAUCAAAGCCUGUGUGUAUUUUAAUAUUUUAUAUCUGGACUGAGCACUAAACUAAGCAAAGAUAAAAAUAAAACUAAUUGAAGCUA